AUGGGUAGAGACCUAACGGACCAAACCCAGGUUGACACCAUCUUCCUCGCAAAUCACGAAGGCCUCGACGAGCCCCUCGAACCCACCAAACACAGCCAUCCUCCCAUCGCCCACCAUUUCACCACCUACCCGCGGCUUGAAUUCAUCCUAGAAGCCGCCAACCACAUCAGCGUUCGCCCGACCUCACACAACUAUUGCCGAGAAGAGCAUUGCUGCCGCUCACUUGUACUUCCCCAAAAUUCCCGCCAUGACCGCCGGCCUGUUGCACAAGGAAAGACGCCAACGCUCGACGUUUGUGAAUUCGCCGAUCUCGAUUUGGCAGACCUUCAAUACGUUUACCCAGCUGACGAGACCAGCAAGUUAGAAACUACGCCAAGACUUGCACAACAAGGGCGACAAACGGCCAAAUCAUCAUAUCCGCCAACGAAUAGGCCCCACCACCUCCGCCCACGAAAAAACACCUAG